AAUUACUGUUGAAAAACACUGUCAAGCCAGAGACCAGAAGACAACCUCUUGAAAUGGCUCAAGAGGACCAGAGUGAGACGUCACAACAAACCGCAGCCGGUGAUGAAGAGCAGCGGACAGAGGAGCAGGCUUCCUGUGUCAUUGAGAUUCAUGACUCUAUGACUGAAUGUGAGGAAGAAGAGAGGCCCAGUGUAGUGCAGAUGGAGGAGAAGGUAUUUGUAUCAAGUCUGCACGCUUUCAUGAAGGACAGAGGAACACCCAUAGAAAGGAUCCCACAUCUGGGCUUCAAACAGAUUAAUCUGUGGAGGAUCUACAAAGCGGUUGAGAAACUUGGAGGCUAUGAUUCAGUGACAGCGCGACGUCUUUGGAAGAAAGUGUAUGAUGAGCUGGGAGGAAGUCCAGGUAGCACCAGCGCUGCCACUUGCACUCGCAGACACUACGAGAAGCUGGUGCUGCCCUUUGAAAGACACAUAAAAGGAGAGGAGGACAGACCUCUGCCUCCAAGCAAACCGCGGAAGCCAUAUAAGAGAAAUUUGGAUGUCAAGGUCAUCAAGGCUGAGAGGAAGAGGAAGAGGACUCAGUCGGAUAGAGAGAUGGAUUCAGACAUGGAGAUACUCACCCAGAGAAGUCCAGAGACGGCCUGCCAAACUGAAGCAGUGAUGCAUCCUCUCCCCACCCUCUGGGCUGCCACCUCUGAUAGACACCACCCAGAAUGCUCUAAGCCAAACAGAGCCACCACUGGCCCUUGCACUUCUGCCUAUGCCCACCUUGUCCAGGUCCCCACAUCCAGCCCCUGGACUGCUCAUAUGCCUUCAGCUGCCGGAGAGGUCAUCUCUCCUCUGGAGAAAAAGAAGCGGAUGGCUCAGGCGAGCCUUAACUUGCACCUGCGUCUGGAGAGCGAGGAUAAAGAAAGGCCCUCCGUUAUUCAAUGCUCCCAGUCUCCGGUCCGGGCUUCUUCCAGCCGGAACUGCAACUCCUCUGACAGCUCCCCGCUGCCUUUAUCCCCUUCGUCUUCACGCAGCCCUUCCCCUCUCUCUGUUUCUUCAGAGGACGGUCCAGAAGGGAAUGAAGAUAAACCUGCAUCAGGCUCUGAACAACCCCACAACAGUUCUAGCUCUGUGAAAAAUACAUCCGGCUGUAGUGAGGAAAGCAAGUCUGCAGGCUGUUGUCAGAUAUCCAAAGAGAAUAAAGACAUCAUCUCCCAAUCCGCAGACUCGAUCAAAACCCACAUUAAAGACUGGAAGCCAAUCCACAAAGGGAGUAGCAAAUAUUCCGCCCAUCCUUUCCACUCAUCCUCCUCUUUCACGGAGAGAUCUGACUGGGCUCCAACAUCUACCUCUAGUUUCUCCAAGGUCGUUCCAAAAUCUGUGCAGCUUCUGCGGCCCGCUCCCAUUCGGCCAAGUUAUAAAAUCCAGCAGGGCAGGUUGAUGCAGCAGGACAACUCUCUGACUUGUGCGAAGAAGCUGAACAACAUGGCUCCGUGGCUUUAUCAGACAGAGAGGAGGGAGAAAUCCAGGACAAUGAUACAAAAAGUUGCCCCCACUCAGCAGAGUCCGGCACAUUCACCCAGCAGCCUGCCUGUGUCGUACGUGCUGUCGAACUACGACAAAUCGGGGAGAGACUCUCGGCACCACCCUCUAUUACACCCUGUAUUUCUCCCCAACAGAAUAAGACUACCUCAAUCCCAGCUAAUGUACCGACACGUCCCAGUGAGUCCAGCUCACUCUGCUCUCAUUGGGGCUGCUGUUUACCCAUAUCCCUACUCCAUUCCUCUGUUAAAUCCCCAAACAGGAUAUAGCCUACCUGCCAUGCAUCCAAUUUACCCUCACAAGCUGUGAUUCUCUGUAUUUUAACUCCAGACUUCAAUAAAAUAAAUCUACACUGAAGAAGGCAGCCAUUGAGCUUGUUGGCCCACUUUUCUCUUGCUCCAAGUGUAAUUUUGGUGAAGACUUGUUUGUGUUUUAAACACGGCUUAAGUAUGCAACACACACAUAUUUACACACAGAACAUCCUUCGGUGGAGAACUAGUUACUGUAAUUAACUGUGUGACUGUGUUGACCUUCUGUGGCCUAAACCAAACUACACUGAAGGGAAAUGAAGCCCCAGCGGAGCUAGAGAUACAAUAUUUAUAGGGCUGAAUCGUCCAUGUGCAUCAAACUGUUGCAUUAUUUUUUUACUCAUAGCAGAACUGUGCAAAAAUGUGUAUUGUUCUGUAGUUUGAUUUAACACAAAACAAUGUGCUUCACGAUGUCUACUGAUAGCCUGUAACAUGUCCAUUUGUAAAGUGAUAAAAUUAGAAAAUAUGUUAUUUAUCCAAGAUAAAACAUCUUUAUUCUUGUAAAUUUGCCUCUAAACUAUUACAUGUAAAGGGGGAAAAACACAUUUAAAUUAGAUGUUUUUUUGAUUGACAAAUUCUCAAUAAAUGGUGUAAACAUAUCCAGUCAAAUUCUGUCAAAACCACAGUUGUUGCACAUUUGUUCUCACUUCCACAAUUUCAAUACUUUGUGUUGAAGAACCUCCAUUCAGGACUGUAGCGUGAAGUCUGUUGAAUAUAAUGAUACUGUGUUAAUACUAUAUGUACCAUGUAUCAGUGUUACAUAUUUUCAAGAUAUUAUAAGCAGAUCUCAUUGUCAUUCAAAUGUAUUUAAAAAAAAAGAAAGUAAGUAAAUUAUCAAAAGAAAUGACAAAAAUAAACAUAAAAAAUAUUUUAAAAA